AGAUUUCGCCUGGAGGAUUUUCAGCUCGUCAACGUCAUCGGUCGCGGGCGAUAUUCCGUGGUAUACAAGGCGUUUUAUCGCAGGAUGAACUUUGAAGUGGCGCUGAAGUGCUACAUCAAGGCAAAGUUGAAACUGCACGUGUACGAACAGAUUGCGCACGAAAUUGCGGUGCAUCAUAGCAUGGAACACUCGGCCAUCGUGGGAUUUUUUGGUUCGUUCAUCGACACUUCGACUGGGAACUAUUAUUUAAUACACGAGCUUCACAACCGGGGCGACGUUUUCAACGCUUUGGCGCGAGUUGGAGGAAAGUUUAGUGAAAGCCGAGCAGUGACGGGAGUUAUGAAAUGGGUCAUCAAAGCCGUCGCGCACAUGCACGCGAUGAACGUCAUACACCGAGAUAUCAAGCCUGAAAAUGUCGUACUCACCGAUGACGGCAGAGCGAAGCUGACGGAUUUCGGCUUUGCGUUACAUUUGGAGUGGUUCAAACCGCUCGGGCGUUUGGGAACGACGGAUUACAUGGCGCCGGAGGUUGUACGCUGCGAUAAAGAGUUUCGAGAACGAUACCUCCGAUUGAAUCGCGCUGGGUACGGCAAGGCUGUGGAUUUAUGGGCCAUCGGCGCUUUGGCGUUUGAGCUCGUCGUCGGGUUUCCGCCGUUUCAGUCGACGAGUCGACAGCAAGCGUACGAUAUGAUUCUCCAAGGUUCGUUCAAGAUCCCUGCAUUCGUCAGCGAACACGGCGCCGAUUUCAUCCGCAAAUGCCUCGUUCUCGACCCGAGCGCGAGAUUGAAGCCGGAAGAAAUGUUAGAGCAUCCUUGGAUUGUC